AUGUUUGACACAAUUUGCACCGUACCUCUCCAAUCGGAUGUUUUCGCACAAGUCGUCCAUCCUUCCGAACCUCUCUUCCUCAUCGGCCUGUCUUCGGGUCACGUUCAAGCGUACAAGCUUCCAGCAGAGACUGACUCCCUAGAUGACGACUCCGAUGAUGGUUCUGCCUCUCCAGUCCAACUGAACGAUGGCGUAAAUGGCAAUGGAAGCAGUCACAUAACCUCUUCUCUACGGAGGUCCUCAACAACAAGCCUUUCGGAAAGUGGACGUGGUUCGAUCGAUACAUUUUGGCAGACAAGAAGACACAAAGGGUCAUGUCGGACUCUGGCAUUCAAUCACGAUGGAGAGAUAUGUUACUCGGCUGGUUCGGAUGGUCUUGUCAAGGCCUUCCUCACAGAGACUGGAAGAGUCGUGAGCAAGAUCGCCAUUCCACAAAGUGCCGAUGCGGAAGACGAUGACGGACCGACUGUUAUACAUGCGCUCUCCCCACAGACCCUCCUUUUAGCGACAGACUCGGGGAAGCUAUGUCUACAAGAUCUGAGACUGAAUGGAAGAGAGAUGGCCUCAAAAGCAAGUCAAGUGUGGACACCCCAUGGAAGGGAACACGUGAAUGCAUUGAUACCUCUACCUGCCAGCGACACAAGUACAAGCGGAUUCUCAAAACAAUGGGUUAGUGUUGGUGGUACGACGCUAGCAGUGACCGAUCUACGAAAAGGCACAAUUGCCACCAGUGAAGAUCAAGAGGUUGAGUUGACCAGCGUUGCUCUCGUGCGCGGCCUCAAAAAGGGUGGAACAAGUGUUGGCGAGAAGGUCGUGGUUGGUCAAGGUGAUGGUGUCAUCAGCCUGUGGGAAAGAGGUGUAUGGGGAGAUCUCGAUGAAAGAAUCGUGAUCCAUCGAGAUGGCACUGGCAUUGAGAGCCUGGCUGAACUUCCUGCUGGGUCAGGUCAUGGAUGGUUGAAGACUAACGACAAGCUCGUUGCCACUGGGCUGGAAGAUGGAAUCAUACGUUUCGCCAGGAUAGGGCGGAACGGUCUCAUCUAUGAAAUGGACGUCAAGCAUGACGAAAUUGAUGGGGCUAUUGGCCUGGGUUUCGACGUGGAAGGGCGCAUGAUCAGCUCUGGUGGGAAUGUGGUGAAGGUCUGGACGGAGGCUAAAGGCCUACCGGGAGGCGGUCGAGGCCGAGCAGAAAAGCAUGAUCUGUCCUCCGAUGCCGACAGCGAAGAUUCCGAUGUAGAUGAUAGCAGCGAGGAUGAGGAGAAAAGUUCGUCAAAGAGGAAGAAACGGAAGAGGAAUAAGGGAAAGGACAAAUCAGGCGGCAAGGCUCUGAACUUCUCGCUAUGA